CUAUUAUUUUCUUUCACUUUGUCAACCACUACCUUCUCUCUUAAUUCCUGUUCUCCCAUGGUUUAGUGGCCUCAACUAUGGCCGUGGAGCUCAUGACAGGCUACAGAACCACCACUUUCACCACCAAAGCAGAGGAAAAUGCCGUCCAGGAAGCAGCCUCCGGUUUUGAGAGCGUGGAGAAGCUCAUCAGAAUCCUCUCUCAGACUCCCCAACAAUACAACUCCUCCAAUCAAAUAGCUAUCGACUGCAAGGCCGUCGCCGACCUCACAGUUUCCAAGUUCAAAAACGUCAUUUCGCUCCUCGGCCCAGGCCCAACCCCAACCCCAGCCCCAACCGGCCACGCCCGCUUCCGAAGAGCUCCUCUUCCUCCUCCUCUGUCUCCUCCUUCCACACAACCCUCCCAGCCUCCCCUCUUCCACGCCACCCCUCUGCACCAAAUCCCCAAAAUAGACAGCACCCUCAACGACUCCUCUUCAAAAACCAUUUAUUUCUCCUACCCCUCCCCCGCCACUUCCUUCAUCUCCUCCCUCACCGCCGACGCCCACACAAAACAACCCUCUUCCUCCUCGCCGCCCCCACCUGCGCCGGGUUCUUUCCACAUCACCACUCCCUCCCACCUCUCAUCCGUUGGGAAGCCUCCCCUCUCCUCCUCCUCCUCUUUCGUGACUCAAUCCACCUUGCCACUGCUUCUCCGAUCCCGUCUGCUCUCUCCGACACCGACAUCCCAGGGAGGGGUUCGUCUUCAUCGCACGUCCAAACCUCUCCAAUUUCUAAUUAAAACCCAAUUUUAA